GAUGGGGCGGCGGAGCAUCUUCCACUGCCCGCACCGCCGCUGUGUGGGCCCCAGCCCGCCCCGUGCGACAAAGUAGAGCGGCUCCAAUCCAAACGUUUUCUAACCCAGCGAUGCCUGCGGUUCCUCUGGUGCACGUCGCGCCGAGGCCGCCACCGAGGAAGGGGAGUGGGCGGGGUCGUGGUC